AUGAAGAACAACAUCUUGCCUUUUGCGCUGGGCUACGAUUGGACCAAGAAGCUUUGUUGGGAGCUCUGUUGCCAAGGCGAGCAGGAAAUUGUUGCCGUCGCCAUCAAGCAGCUGCCAACAGACAUCCGCGAACGUCUUGAGAAGCUGUUCGAGGAAGGCCUGCUAAAGGAAGGCGACCUUGAUCUCCGUGCCAUCACGGUUUUUGCCUCCUUGAAUGAGAACCUGCAGUCCCGGGUCCUCAACCACAUGGAGACGGAGCGUAUCUACGUGGCCAAUGCCCGCUCGAAGAGUGGUUUUUUGAUCGCCACAUGUGACAAGGCCAAGACCGGCUGUCUCGAUGCCCGAGGUCUAGGAGCUAUCGACCCGUGGCGGACGGCACUUGUAGCGAUGGCAACUCCAAAGCAGAGGCAAGUUGAGCUGAAGAGUGAGCAGGACUGGCUUGACGAGAAGGGUGAGAAGCCCAUUAAAAUCAAUGUGGACGUGAGUGUGGUCGAGAGCGAGCUCGGUAUGAACAGUGUGACUGUGGAGCUCCCCCUCACGGAGACCUGUGCUGCUGUGAAGGCAAAGCUUGUGGCUAUGGGAGUGCGGUCAAUUCCCGCAAAUCGCAUGAUGCUUCACAAUGAUCCUGUGGGCUUCUUCCUCAAGGAGCGUUUCACCUUUGCCUACUACAACCUCAGCGAUGGCAUCACGCUAACCCUCUCCCAGCGCAAGCGUGCUGGUAGCAAGUUCCGCCGUGACCACACCGUCAUGCCCAAGCGGCCGAAGGCACCGCCUCCUGAGAAGAAGCCCGAGCCAGCCCCUACCGCAGGCUUUGGCGGAUCCGUGCCCGCGAAAGCAGGGCUGCCAGCACUCCCCGGCCUGCCAGAACUUCCGAAGCUGCCCAGCUUGCCCGGCUUGCCCGGGAUGCCCGGUAUGCCUGGAAUGCCUGGUAUGCCCGGCAUGCCAGGAGCGCCGCAGACAGGUCCCACCGGUAUCCCUCCCAAGCCUGGGAUGCCAGCAGCAACUCCGCCACCCAACAUGGGUUUGGCAACCGGUAUGCCUAGCCUCCCAAGCCUUCCUGGCCUCACCGUGCCCGGAGGCAUGCCCGGCAAAGCCCCAGGAAUGGCGCCGCCUAUGCCACCAGGUGGACCAGGCGCACCAGGCAUGCCAGGUGGCUAUCCCAAGAUGGGCGGAAUGCCCGGAAUGCCUGGGGGCCCUCCAGGCGGAAUGCCUGGAGGAUGUUUCCCCAAGAUGCCCGGUAUGCCGGGAAUGCCAGGAAUGCCCGGAAUGCCCGGUAUGCCAGGAAUGCCCGGCGGAAUGCCCGGCAUGCCAGGAAUGUGA